CGCGUGACAGCCGAGGAAACCCGAGUCGGUGUGGUGACGUGACGAGGCUGCUGCGCGCGUGCCUCCCGCCGUGUGUUUCGGGCUCCUGUGUUCACCUGACUGACGACCAUGGAAACCAGACAACAAGAGUUGUACUCAGACAUUCUGAGUGAUACAGUGGUGGACUGGGGCGGUCCUGGAGAGGAGUGGGUUAACUCAGCAACACAACAGAGAGAGCAGGAUUCCCCUCAAAAUAUGUCUCAUCCCUCUGGUGAGGAAGCAGUGCAGGAUCAGAACUCAGUUGAGGCUUUUCAAAAUGGAAUGAAGUGGAGAGAGCGAGUUGGAGAACAAGCUGAAAAGUCAUCGUCGUGUCAGAAUCACUGGGGUUUCACAGCCUCUUACACUCCGAAGUGGGUCAGGCCCAACUCGUGGGAUGUCCGACAGGACGAUUCAGAGUGUGAGAAUCUGAUGGCAGGUUUGCACUCCGAUCCACUUAAGGAGUCUGAUGAAGACACGGUGUCAGAGGUCAACCUGAACAAUACAAUGACAGAAGAAGAGAGGGAAGAGAUUCAGCUCGAGCUGUCCAAACUGGAGGAGGAGAUGGGCACUCUGCGGCAGGUGUUGACGUCGAAAGAGAAGCAGCAUGCUGAGCUCAAACAGAAACUGGGCAUCACUCCCUUAAGCGAACUUAGGAGCAACUUAAGCCGCAACUGGAUGGACAUGCAGAGCUCCACAGCUUACAAGAGGACAUCUGAGACGUUAUCAACCGCUGGACAGAAGACCUCCGCGGCCUUCAGCACCUUGGGAAGCACCAUCAGCAAGAAGUUUGAAGACAUGAGGUCCAACUCUAUAGGCUACUCUAUCAAACACUCUGUGAGCAUGCCCGCCAUGAGAAACUCACCCAGCUUCAAAUCUUUUGAGGAGAAAGUUGAGAGUACUGUGACAACGCUGAAGACUAAGGUCGGUGGUACGAAGAGCGGCGGAAGCUUUGAAGACGUCCUGUCCUCGGCAGCGAACGCCAGCUCUCAGGACACGCCCACUAACAACUUGGCGGAGAGCUCUGAGAGACAAUGCUAGACACUAGGACAAGUUUGCAUGAAGUGAGGUUUGGACCAAAUGAGACAAAGGAACGGGACAGUUUUGUGUCAGGAAAACAACAAGAUCAUAAACAAAGACAGUGGAUGCUCUAUGACACUUGUCAUGUACGUCAUUACGUUAAAAAUGAUCACCAAUAAAGGCUCGUACUAACGUGAAGUCUUCUGCCCUCUAGUGGCGAAUCUUUCCAUUGAACCGUUUACCUGUUAUAAAAUACGUUUCACACCACUUUCCCAUGUUAGUGAAAACUGUAUACUAAUAUUGUUAAUAAAGCUCCAGAAAGACUGUAAUAACGACUUUUUAAUAUUGUCCAUUUUAAUAGCAAUGAUAAAAGACCUGUUUCUAGACCAAACAUGAAGUGCUAUGUUUACCAAAAAUUCCCGCGUUAUUUUUUGUCACUAUAAAAAUACACUAAAGUUGAAAUGAGAACCGAAACUUACUGAUGCUGUGAAAUAAAUAGCGUCGGUAAACAUGAUUUUAUCGUCAGACGGAAUAGCCAGUCUCAAUAAAGCAGAAGUACACAUAUUUUAUUUUUUGACAAGAGUGAAAACAUUUAAAGAUUUUCUAACUUGCGUCUCAGAUAAUUCCUAUUAAAACAUUGAACAAGAUAGAAGUCACUGAAUGAGGUUGGAGGUGUGCUUCGGUCAAGAUCUGGGACCUGGUUUUGAAGACGCAGCAUCCCCUUCUGAGUUCCCACAAUCCUUUGCUCCCGCUGCCAUGCAUCGUUGCCGCUCGUCAUUUAGUGACGCUACAAGUUUGAGAACAUCUGGGUGCUGAAAGCGACCUGUGGGAACACAAAACCUUAGUAGGUCAUAGUCAGCCAAUAAUAAAUAUGAUACAUUAAAUGAUGAUUAAAGUUUUGCUGAUAAAAACUGUAAAUAAUUAUGACUUGAAGGCACCAAUAUGUGUGUUAAAAAUAAAAAUAAAUGGGUCAAUCGGUACCAUUGGUUGAGUCAAAGAACUCCUGCAGCCUCCCUGGCGCCCCCUCCAGCUCCUCAUACUCGUGCGCCUGCAGGAUCAUAUCAAGGAGGUCGAACUGUUUGACCAGUCGGGCCUCUUCACUGCUCUGGUUUUCGAACUCCUGGUUGUUAAACAGGUCCCAUGAGCACGGUGCGUCCCAUCAGAGGGGGGGAAAGCAUGGAAAGCAUGUUACCUCCCACAGUCCAUAAAUCUCCUGCUGGAGCCCGUCUGGCAGAAGAGCUGAGAUAUGUCUCAUCGCCUCCUGGGGAGUUUUGCUUUGUUA